ACCCUUACUUUGACUCUCAGCAACGGCAUCCUUAAGGACGCCCAGUCACGCACUGGUUACAUCGCCGACAACUACCAGUUCCAGUUCGACGCCCCGCCCCAGACGGGUGCCAUCUACACUGCAGGUUGGUCGACUUGCUCCAACGGCUCCCUCGCCAUUGGCAGCAGCGCCAUCUUUUACCAGUGUUUGAGCGGUACCUUCUACAAUCUUUACUGGUACCCAUCUGCCAGCCAGGCCGGCGGUCAGUGCACCCCGAUCUACAUUGACAUCCUCCCGAUCCAGGCUUCCACUGCUGCUUCCUCUGCCCGCCCCGUCUCUCAGAUCAGCGACGGUCAGAUCCAGGCCUCUACUGCUGCUUCUUCUGCCCGCCCGGUCUCGCAGAUCAGUGAUGGUCAAAUCCAGGCUACCACUGGCACUGCCCGCCCGGUCUCUCAGAUCAGCGACGGCCAGAUCCAAGCUACCACCGGCACCGCCCGCCCGGUUUCCCAGAUCAGCGACGGUCAGAUUCAGGCUACCACCGGCACUGCCCGCCCGGUCUCUCAGAUAUCUGAUGGUCAGAUCCAGGCCACUGCCAGCGUCCGCAGCAACGCCUCUACCUCGUCUGUCAGGCCUGUGAGCCAGAUCUCCGACGGUCAGAUCCAGGCUACCCGCACCAACGGCACCAUCGCCUCGGCGAGUGCCACCGCUGCUCGCUACACUGGUGCUGCUGCCCCAGUUGUGUUCAGCGGUGAGCUCUUUGGCCUUGCUGCCGGUGCUCUCGCCGUUGCCAUGCUUUAA